AUGUACACCCCAAAGCUCAUCGCCCUCCUCAUGGCCGUCCUCGCCGUCACCGCCUCCGCCGGCAGCGUCAGCGUCUCCUUCGGCGACAACGACGACUCCGCGCCCGCCAAAGUACCCCGCGACGUCACCAGCGGCGGCCCUAUGCUCGCCGCCCGCUGGGCCAUGCCCCUCGCCGCGCCCGGCAAGCGCCCCCCCAGAGCCGCCGCCGGCAGACCCAGACGCGGCGGCGUCCGCGCUGUGAAGAAGGGCGGCCGGCCAGGAAAGGGACGCGGCGGGAUGGGGAGACCUCGUGCCGGAAGACCCGGGAAGGGUGGGAAGGGUGGGAAGGGUGGGAAGGGUGGGAAGGGCCGCGGUGGCCCCAGGCGCCGCCCGGGCCGUGCUGGGCCUCCCGGUGGACGCGGUGGACGCGGUGGUCAGAGGGGUAUGAAGGGCCCGAAGGGACAGAUGGGUGCGGGUGUGCCGCCGCCACCACCUCCUCCUCCGGCUGCGGAGAUGCCCCCGGCUGCGGAUGCGGCGGAGGCUCCUGCGGCUGAGGAGGCGCCGGCUUACUAG